CAAACCGGAAGUCCGCAGCGCCGCCAGUUUCUCUGGAUGGAAUGGGGCUCGCGAGAAAUAGCAGUAAGAUUUGAAAUGAGUUGAACUGUUUGCAGAAUAUAAACGCAACUUGUCUCAGAAUUGAAGAGUGAUCGGGGUGAAAUGAAACGCGAUGUCCGGAUACUGCUGCUGGGGGAGCCCAAAGUGGGCAAAACCUCUCUCAUCAUGUCUUUGGUUGGAGAGGAGUUUCCCGAGCAGGUUCCCCUCCGUGCAGAGGAGAUCACCAUACCUGCUGACGUCACACCUGAGAAAGUGCCCACACACAUAGUGGAUUAUUCAGAAACUGAGCAGACUGAUGACGUGUUGAGGGAGGAGAUCGUAAAGGCCAAUGUUGUGUGUGUGGUCUAUGAUGUAACACAAGAGGAAACCAUCGACAAGAUCAGGACUAAGUGGAUACCGCUGGUUAAUCAAGGCGCAGAAAAAGGCAGCAAGAUUCCCAUCAUCCUUGUGGGCAAUAAGUCUGACCUGCGUUCUGGAAGCUCCAUGGAAACCAUCCUGCCCAUCAUGAACCAGUUUUCUGAGAUCGAGACCUGUGUAGAGUGCUCGGCUAAGAAUCUGAAGAAUAUUUCUGAGCUCUUCUAUUACGCCCAGAAGGCCGUUCUACAUCCGACUGCUCCACUCUACGACCCUGAGGACAAACAGCUGAAGCCGCAAUGUGUCCGAGCCCUCAGUCGGAUCUUUAGUAUCUCAGAUCAGGACAAUGAUCACAUUCUCAGUGAUGCUGAACUCAACUGUUUUCAGAAACUGUGUUUUGGGAAUCCACUGGCUCCUCAGGCUCUAGAGGAUGUUAAAACAGUUGUGUGGAAGAAUACUAGUGAAGGAGUCCAGGACAAUGGACUCACUCUAAUCGGGUUCCUGUUCUUGAACACGCUCUUCAUUCAGAGGGGACGUCAUGAGACCACCUGGACCAUCCUGCGUAGAUUUGGUUACGAUGACACAAUGGAGCUUACCGAUGAUUUCUUGUACCCACCGUUACGUGUUCCUGUCGGUUGUACGACAGAGUUGAAUCAUCUGGGUCAACAGUUCCUGCAAAGGCUCUUUGAUAAAUAUGAUGAGGAUAAAGAUUCUGCUCUCUCUCCUGAUGAGCUCAAAAAUCUGUUUAGUGUUCUACCCUACAUGCCCUGGAGUUCGGCGGUGUACAGUAAUGUCCCCCUAACCGAGGAGAGCUACAUCUCCCAACACGGCUACUUCUGCCAAUGGAUGUUAUCUGCUUAUCUGGACGUCCACCGAUGUCUGGAGCAUCUGGGCUAUCUCGGCUACCCAAUACUAAUGGAGCAAGAAUCUCAGACCUCUGCCGUCACAGUAUCGAGAGAAAAGGGGAUAGACCUGGACAAAAGACAGACCCAACGCAACGUGUUCCUCUGUAAAGUGAUCGGUCCCCGCGGAACGGGAAAGACAGACUUCCUUCAGGCUUUCCUGAAGCGGAGCAUUGUGAGAAAGGAACGUAACCCUGGUCCUCCAUCAGUGUACGCCAUCAACACAGCCUCAGUAGCCAAUCAGGAGAAGUAUCUCAUCCUGGAGGAGGUGGAUGUGGAAACAGAGUUUUUAAAAGCAGCGGAUGCGGCAUGUGACGUGGCGUGUCUGAUGUAUGAUGUCAGUGACCCCGAAUCAUUCAACUACUGUGCUAGUAUAUAUAAGCAACACUACAUGGACAGCGGGAUCCCAUGUGUGGUGCUCGGCUCUAAAGCCGAUCUAGUAGAAGUGAAACAGCAUCAUGGCAUGAGCCCGUCCGAAUUCUGUUACAAACAUCGUCUGCCUUCACCUCUACACUUCUCAGCGCUGCUUUCAAACACACACACAAAUAUCUACAACAGACUUGCCUGGGCUGCCAUGUACCCACACCUGAAUGGAUCAGACAUGAACAGCACUUCCUUCUGGCUGCGUGUGACUUUGGGAGCCACAAUAGCAGCCAUGUUGGGCUUCGCUCUCUACCGAGCCUUCAGCCGGCACAAAUAGUGACACGUACAGAUAAAACACACACUCCCUCGUUUCCUUACUGAGUCAUUUGUGGCUCAACUGGUACAUUAAGUCCAAAACUUCACAGUGAUAAACCAGCAGUAUAAAGAUUUUUUUUAAGUUUGACUGGAGUAUCACACACAUACAGUACGUUUACACAUACUCGAAACGUAAGGGCAAAUUGAUAAGGUUUUACUAUGAGGCCUGAAUCAUAAAAACAUGGAAGUGUUUGACCUUACAGUUCUUCACUUCCAGGGACAUUUUUCCAAAUUCAUGUCAUAGCCACACAUGUGCUGUAAUGAGGAGUGAUAUUAAGAAAUGAUUUGAUAGGUGUAUGCUUUUUUAAUUGCACUUGAAAUGUAUUUUAGAGAAUGAGAAAUAAGUAUGGAUCAAGAGUAUAUUCCAUGGGAAUUAAUUCAAACUAGGAUUUUGUUCAUGGACCAUGUGUUUGGUCGCUUCUCAGUGCUGGAGUCACUUAUCGUGUUUUGUCUUGGCAAAUGCAAGUAAUACUCAAGUUUAACCCAGAUUUCUCUUGUUUGAAUUUUUUAGAAAUUAAAGGACUAUUCAGGCUUGCGCAUUAUUGAUAGGGUUUGUGGCAUGCUGUCUAUUUCCACAAAAUAAAAUAUGAGAGCUUUCAAUUGAA